GACUUGUUUUUCUGAAUCUUCCCGCAGUUUAUGUACUGACGUUCUUGUCGCAAGCACUAGUGCCACCAUUUCCCUCUAACUCUCCAGUGCAUGUCCGUGCACCUCCUGCUACCGGGCAUCCUGCGCGCCCAAGGGCGUUCAGUCGUUUCUCUGCCUCCAAAGUCAUGCAUACAGCUCCGCUCAUUCUCUAAUUCUCGACCAAUACAACCCUACUCAAGAUUUACAUUCGCAUCUAAAGCACCCCUGCUAAUUACCCAACACCGGAUCCAACCACUAACUGCACAGCCUUGCCUCCGACGCGCGCUGUCAUUAUUCCCUUGGUCGAAAGCAUCGUCUACGCCUGCCCCAGCGGUCGUAGCGAAAGUCGCUCGUCUAGAAGCAGAAGCUAACGCAAAUCCAGAUGAUGUUGCUAGGCAGCUGGCCCUGUAUCAGGUUCUUGUAGACACGCAAGUGAAGGCUGGGUAUGAAGUAGUAAUCACUCGUUGGGAAAGGAUGUGCGAAUUUAAUUCAGCAUCACCGCUUCUUCGGUCCGACGCGGCAUUCCAGCUGUAUCUUACAUCCUUACUCAAGACUGGUCAAGAGGUUUCAGUCAACUUGGCUGUUCGCAGACGCGAUUCGCUUCUUGCUGCUGCUGCUGCUACUACUGGUACUACUACUACUGCUACAGACGCCUCACCAGCUGAUUCUCCGGCCAACGCUUCGAAUUCCCCUUCUGAUGCUCCUUCAACUUCGUCACCGACACCACCUCCAUCCCGAAGUCAAGAGAUUGCUUCGGAUGUACUCGCUGGGCGCGCAGGACCUUUACUCGCAACUUCUCGUCUUGACGGUGCCUCGGCUUCUCAGAGCACAGACAUGACGAAUCUCGCAGCUGCCCUGAGCAAGGGUAGUGGCGUAAGCGGUAAUCCGAUUCAUGUCACUAUCAGUGAGCCGAAAGGGUCCACAGUUAUGCGUCUUGUGCGGUUCUUAGUUUUGACUGCCAUGGGUGGAUUUUUCAUUCUCGUUAUCUUGUCUGUGCUCUUGGAGAAUUCUGGCUUGCUUAAACCUGUUCCUCGACAAGCAGAGUUCGAACCACUUCAACAAAGGACCAUACGGUUUAGCGAUGUCCAUGGUGUCGACGAAGUGAAAGAGGAACUCCACGAUAUUGUAGAAUUUCUCAAGGAUCCCACUGUUUUUGCAUCCCUUGGUGGUAAACUUCCAAAAGGCGUUUUGCUAACAGGACCUCCCGGUACCGGUAAAACCAUGCUCGCACGUGCUAUUGCCGGAGAGGCGGGGGUGCCAUUUUUCUUCGCAUCCGGCUCUGAGUUCGAGGAAAUGUUCGUGGGUGUUGGCGCUAAGCGUGUCCGAGAGCUUUUCGCAACCGCUCGGAAGAGACAGCCUGCUAUUAUCUUCAUCGAUGAAUUGGAUGCUGUUGGUGGGAAGCGCAGUCAUAGGGACCAACAUUACAUGAAACAGACCUUGAAUCAACUGUUGGUGGAAAUGGAUGGUUUCUUGCAAAGCGAAGGCAUCAUCGUCAUUGCUGCGACUAACUUCCCGGAAAGUUUGGACCUUGCUUUGACACGCCCGGGCCGAUUUGACAGGAUUAUCGCUGUCCCUUUGCCCGAUAUCCGUGGUCGAGUCCAACUACUUCAACAUUUCAUGAAAGAGGUGGUCGCGAGCGUUGCUGUCGAUCCUAAAGUACUAGCGCGGGGUACGCCAGGUUUCUCCGGUGCCGAGCUGCAAAACAUGGUGAAUCAGGCUGCUAUACAAGCAUCGAAGGAAGGUUAUAGCGAGGUCACAUUAAAGCACUUUGAAUGGGCCAAGGACCGCAUUCUUUUGGGAGCCGAGAGGAAGAGUGCAUACAUUGACGAGAAGAACAAGUUGUUGACCGCUUAUCACGAGGGAGGACAUGCCCUGACAGCUCUUUAUACGGAUGGUGCUAUGCCCCUCCACAAAGUCACGUGUGUUCCGCGUGGUCAUGCGUUGGGCGUUACUUCCCAACUUCCUGAAGAUGACCGGUAUUCAGUAACGCAAACGGAGUUCAAAGCCACGAUUGACGUUUGCAUGGGUGGUCGCGUAGCGGAGGGACUUAUUUACGGGACAGGGGGCCUUACAAGUGGUGCCUCAUCUGAUCUCCAGCAUGCCACUCGUACUGCAACCGCCAUGGUCAAGAAAUGGGGUUUCUCGGAAAAAGUUGGUCCAGUAUUCUAUAGCGACCAAGAUGAAGCGAUAAGCCCUGCCACAAGGGAGAAAAUAGAUGCGGAAAUCACCAAAUUACUGCAACAGGGUGAGGCACGGGCAACCAAACUUCUGACGGAAAAGAAGGAGGAACUACAUCGGCUUGCGCAUGCCCUGGUAGAACACGAAACUUUGGAUGCCGAGGAAGUAAGGAAGGUCAUCAGGGGCGAGCCAAUACGGAAUAUCAAGGAAAAGAUUUCUCACGAUGAGGUCGCGGAGGUUGUGUCAGAGGAAAUCCCUGCACUGACAUGAGGACGUAUAAUGCAUAUUUUGUAUAUCUCAGGGCUGAGUUUGGGAGAUCUCCUCGCUUUUUAUGCGGUAGUCUUGUCUUGGGAUCUACAAAACGACC